GUUUAGACUUUAGACUUUCAGUUUCCGAAUUCAAAAUUUGAUUUUAAUUUUUUCAGCUACGAAUCUUGAUCGUUGCUUUCACGUUGGGUAUUACUGAACCACCCAAUUAAAAAAGCAGUUGGAGUUGGGGCUUUUCAAUUUCCAAUUUCAAACCCUUCCUUCUUCUACACCGGUGGUUCUUUUUUUUGCACCACCGCAGGCACCACCGUCAAUUUCAUUUGCUGUUUCGAAACCAACCCAUAAUCACAAUGUCAACCAAACCUUUAAAACCCACAAAACCCCCAGUAACACCAUCUCCACCUUCUUCACGAUCAUCUUCACUAUCUGCUCAUCUCGCCAUGGUUGAACUCAGACAAAGAAUCUUGACAUCACUCUCCAGACUCUCGGACCGAGACACCCACCAGAUCGCCGUCGAAGACCUCGAAACCAUCAUUCAAACCCUCUCACCUGACGGCAUCUCAAUGAUCCUCAACUCCCUCUACGACGCCACCAACGACACCACCACCAACAAACCCGCCGUAAAGAAAGAAGCAAUCAGACUCCUUUCCUUCCUCUGCGCCACCCACACCGAAUCAGCUGCCAGUCAUUUGACAAAAAUUAUAGCCCACAUUGUCAAGAGGCUUAAAGAUUCCGAUUCCGGUGUUAAAGAUUCGUGUCGCGAAUCAAUUGGACAUCUUUCUUUUCUGUAUUUGAAGGGUGAAAGAGGUGAUAAUAAUAUGGGGUCUGUGGUUUCGUUGUUUGUGAAGCCUUUGUUUGAAGCUAUGAAUGAACAGAACAAAGCUGUACAAGCUGGUGCAGCAUCGUGUAUGGCUAAGAUGGUGGAAAUGGCUUGUGAUCCACCUGUUUUGACUUUUCAAAAGCUUUGUAGUAGGAUCUGCAAGUUCCUUAAUAGUCCUAAUUUCUUGGCAAAUUCUGCCCUUUUGCCUGUGGUUUCAAGGCUUUCUCAGGUUGGUGCUAUUUCUCCACAAGCCUUGGAGCCACUGCUUCAAAGUAUUCAUGACUGUCUUAGUAGUUCUGACUGGUCAACUCGAAAGGCAGCUGCUGACACUUUAAUUGUAUUGGCUUUGCAUUCAAGUAACUUGAUCAAAGAAAAACCAACUUCUACGAUAACAAUACUUGAAGCAAUCCGCUUUGAUAAGAUAAAACCUGUUAGAGAUAGCAUAACGGAAGCACUGCAACUAUGGAAUCAAAUUGCAGAAAGCUGUGAAGAUCAGAAAACACCUGGUCAUGGUGAAGAUUCUCAAGUACAAUCCAAGUUGUCAAGAAAGGAGCUUCCAAAGUUGGAUGCGAAAUCAAUAGAGACCCCAGCAAAGAAUGGCGAAACAAAAUCUCAAAAUGUUGCUGAAAAGACAACUGGAACGAAAAAGAAGCCACCUCCUUUAAGUGAUAAGGAACUGAACCCUGAGUUCUUUCAAAGACUUGAAACUAGGGUUUCAGGUGAAGUCGAAGUCGUUCUCCCUCGUAGACUCCUCAAAUCUUCAAAUACACAAAACGAAGAGGAACCAGACAUCAAUGCUGGGUCAAAGUCAAAGUCAGAAGAGGAACCGGUCAACUUGCAAAAACAAGGUGGUGAUCCGUGUUCUAGAAAGCGAGAAUUAGAGAGUAAAGGAAAUUUGUUGGGCAUCCAAAGGCAGUUACUUCAACUGGAGAGACAACAAGCUUACAUCAUGAACAUGUUGCAGGAUUUUAAAGGUGGAUCACGUGAUGGUAUGGUGACUUUAGAGAACAGAGUGUGGGGCCUAGAGAGAGUUGUUGAAGACAUGGCACGCAGUUUAUCAUCAGCGUCAAUGUAUAGUCAAAGAGGUAGUAGUAGUAAUCAUAUUCAUAUGGUAGGAAAGUACAAUCACAAUGGGUUCUCUGAAUAUCCUAACAUGGGUUCAAGUAUGAGGGGUAGGGGAUAUAAUAUGCAAAUAGGGUUAAGAAAAGGGGUGGAUAGGGAUAAUAGGUUGCCUAAAGGGGCUGGACCUGGUCCUUCAGCAAGAGGCGUUUGGCAAGCUUCAAAAGAUGAAGCCACUUUGGAAGCAAUUAGAGGGGUUGCACCUGAUCAUGAUCAUGAGAAGAAGAAGAAUGCUGUUUUGACUGCUUGGAGAAAUGCAAUGGAUGGAGUUUGUGAAGGUGACAUGGAUGUGGCGUUUGGUGAGGUUUUGUCUACCGGAGAUGAUCUUUUGCUUGUGAAGCUAAUGGACAGGACGGGGCCCGUGCUUGACCAGCUGUCAGCUGAUGUGGCAAGUGAAGUUAUGCAUGCGGUUGCUCAAUUCCUUUUGGAACCUACCUUGUUUGACAUCUGUUUGUCCUGGAUUCAACAGAUGCUGGAUACAAUGGUAGAGAAUGGAAAUGAUGUGAUUGGAAUUCGUAUGGAAGUGAAAAGGGAGAUUUUGGUGAAUUUGAAUGAAGCUUCGUCAACUAUUGACCCUCCACAGGACUGGGAAGAUUAUACCAGUAUGACCGGUUAUAGUGGGUUUUGCCGGUUUCAGGCGUUGUUUCCGGCCAAACACGUUUUCCGGUCACCUUCUCCGGCCAAACUCGAUUUUUCGGCAUUGCUUCUGAUGACACAUUUGGUCAAACUCAAUUCCUACCUAAGACCACCGCCAACAGCUCCCAAAUCAGCCACCAGUCACCACCCUUACCUCCACCAGUUACCACAUUUACCUUCAUUUACCCCACCAUAACCCACUAAAACCACCAUUGGUUCGCUGCCAAUAUAACCACACCUGCAAAUCGACAAUAAUAAAAGGAUUAAAUCUUGUUUUCUCUGUGCACACCGUCAAACCCACCCAAGAUUCUCUAUCUGUAGAAAGUCAAACCUGCAACUCAAAGGGGGAAAAUAAAGUCUACAAUCGAUUUUGAGAGAAGAAGAAGGAAACAAUGACUUCGCUGGAGAAAUCCCAUACAAGAUCAGAAAUAUUGUUCAAAGAUCAAAAACAUUAAAAGAAACAACGUAUGAUUCACUAAUCAAUGCAAGAUUCGAUUUUGUUCU